UCGGAAUUUAUAUGCCAACACAAGUGGCCAUCAGUGUGCUUCGGGAAAUGAUUGAAAAACGCAUGGAAAUUGCAAUGUGCGAUAUUAAGUGUGCAGUUGUGUUUUGAAUUUUUAACGUCCCCAAACCCAGGCCAAAACCGAAACGUGCUUCCGUCUUCUUCUACUACCAUUUUUUGUGCACUGGGUCCUUUAUUUUAGCCAACGGCAAUUGCACAUAAGUUGCAACAAGCCAAGUUACAACAGGAGGUGUAAGCAACAACUAAAGUAACACACAAAAAAAAGCCAAAACAACGGCCUGUUGGCCAACAACAAUAAAACAACACCAGCUACAACAACGAGAACCACAAACAACAAUCCGCCUAAAGGGCCAAAUGAACGUUAGCGCUAGUCCGUCUGUCGCCCGUUAGGUGGCGCCGCCGCCAGCCGCUGAACAACUGCCACGCUUCUCGUCCUGCCACUGGAAAUCCUGUCGCUAAUUAGCAGGUCGGCCCAUGCGGACACGGUGCGGUUGCGGAUCCCAUUGAACUGGCUGCGGAGUUAAUUUUGUUGUCGUAACAUGGGCUGCGCCUUUGAAGCGGCCAAAGAGCAGCCCCACAAACCGAAAAUCAAGCAACUAAGGCGAAAUCAAUGCCGUGGAAAAGCAGCAGGAGCGGGAGUGGGAGGAGCCGGGGCAGAAGCAGGAGCAGCGGCGGGGAGGAGAAGCAGGGCCGGUGGCAAACCAGCUGAGGACAUCAAAAUCAAGGAUAACUAUCAACAAAAUCAUAAAACGCAAGCCGAAACAGAAACACAAACAGAAACUGCGCCCAAACAUCUAAAAGCGACGGCUCAAGUGCUUUUAACGAUACGGCAGCCACAUCAGGAGAACAACAAGGACUUUAGUGCUAGCGGUUGUGGUAGUCAAGUGGCUGAAACGCACAAGGACAAAGGCGAGGACCAGGACGAGGACGAGGGUGAGGGUGAGGUUGAGGGUGAGGGCGAGGACGAGCUGGCGACACACGGAGGCGACAGAAUCGAAAUCGAUAUUGCCACCGAGCAAGGCGAUGAGGAGCAGCAACACCGCCAGCACCAGCACCAGCACCAUGUUCUCAUCCACCGGCGGAGGCGUCAACCGGCCCAGAUCUCUGAGUUUCCAAGAUCAGCCGCCGCUGGUAUUUCUGCGCUCUCCCUGCAUUUCCAAGCCCUCGCCGCCUUAGCGAGAAUGCUCCAGAAGCAGGAUCCCCACCGGGACCUUAGGGGGGACAUAGCCUACCGGCCCUGGCAGGCACAGGAGGAGGAGGAAGAGCUGGAUCACGAGCAGGACGUGGCGAACCGCAUGCCCGCCUCCAUGUCAGCGGCGAUCAUUGCAAAUGUGAGCGCCACGGCGGCGGCCACCUCGACGGCUGCCUUCCAGUAUCUCGGCCAGCACUACAAGCACUACAGCCAGUCCUUUAGCUUCUAUGCCGCCUCCAGCGUCAUCCUGAUGCUGUGCUAUCUGACCACCACGUCCACGGCCGCCGCCACGCAGUCGGAGACGGGUGCCCUCGACAAGCAUCCCAUUCAUGGCAUCGAUUGGUCGAAAUUCGACGAGUCCAGCUCGGAUAAGGAGAUAUUAGAUUUGCUGCUCGAGAAGAAGCGCUAUGACAAACGAUUACUGCCGCCGGUAAAUGAUGAAGACUUUUGCUGUGGUUUGCAAUCGCCCGAUAUGGCAACAAAUCAAAAUGCACGGAGACCACAUAAUCGCGGCACUCUGACGGUGAACGUGAACGUGCUGCUCCUGAGCUUAGCAUCGCCCGAUGAAAGCAGCCUGAAAUACGAGGUGGAGUUCCUGUUGAACCAGCAGUGGAACGACCCGCGACUGCAGUAUGGCAAUAAGUCUCAUUACGACUUCUUGAACGCCCUGCAUCAUCAUGAUAGCAUCUGGACGCCGGAUACGUAUUUCAUUAUGCAUGGCGAUUUCAAGGAUCCCAUCAUACCAAUGCAUUUCGCUUUAAGAAUAUUUCGGAACGGGACCAUUACGUACGCAAUGAGACGUCACCUGAUAUUAUCCUGCCAGGGAAGUCUGCAUAUAUUUCCAUUCGAUGAUCCAAAGUGUUCCUUCUCCAUGGAGAGCAUUUCCUACGAGGAGGCCCAAAUCAAAUACGUGUGGAAAAACGACGAGGACACCCUGCGGAAAAGUCCCUCGCUGACCACACUGAAUGCAUAUUUGAUCAAGAAUCAAACGACGGCCUGUGAUCAGAAUAGCUGGAGAGGGAACUACAGCUGUCUUAGGGUCGAUUUAAUCUUUACCAGAGAUCGUGCAUUCUAUUUCACCACCGUUUUUAUACCCGGCAUUAUAUUGGUGACGUCGUCCUUUAUAACUUUCUGGCUAGAAUGGAAUGCCGUGCCAGCUAGAUCGAUGAUAGGCGUGACAACCAUGCUGAAUUUCUUCACUACCUCGAACGGUUUCCGGAGCACCCUGCCCGUGGUCUCCAAUCUGACGGCGAUGAACGUGUGGGACGGGGUCUGCAUGUGCUUCAUCUACGCCUCGUUGCUGGAGUUUGUCUGCGUCAAUUACGUGGGGCGAAAGCGACCGCUGCACAACGUCGUCUAUCGGCCGGGCGAGAAUCCCGUAACACAGCGUCUUCCAGCAGUACUAAGCAGGAUCGGAGUAAUUCUUGCAAGUCCUUUGGCAAGCGCCACAGCCACGCCGGCCAUGUCGAUGAUGGGCGGUGCGACGCCCCUGUCCGGCGGAACCACUCCGGCCGCCUCCUCCUCGGUGGCCACGCCGGGCACCCCGAGGACUGCCGAUCCGGAGGAGUUCUUCGGCGGCGGAAUGCGUUGGCAGGAGGCGCAUGGCGGCAUUAUAGGCGCAGCCGUCCAAAAUCUUCGAGCGCGCUCCAUUAAGCGGAAGGCGGCGGCCAGGAGUCCCUCCAGCUCCAUAUCACCGCAGCCCAGAGCCAUGGAGCAUGUUUACGAGGAGCCCGUCGCCACCGUCACCAAGGUGAAGUUCAAGGACGAGCUAAAGCAGGAGCAGGAGAAGCCACCGGAGACCUUGUCGGCCCUCCGGCGAUCGGUGGCCACCAGCACACCGGCCCUGGUGGUUAGGAUCGAGGCCGAAGUCGAGCCCAAGGCUGUCCAGGACAUGGAAAUGACGGAACGCCAGCUGGCAAUGCCGCAGAAGCCACCGCGCCGGAAAUCCUCACGCUCCACUUCCCCGGCCUCCGUUUACGGCGAGUGCAGUGCCAUGGAUGAGGCGGUGGACGAGGAAACCACCCCCGGCGAGAAGCGACGCGACGCCGGCGCCCCCAACGAGAUCGUCGCCUGCACCACCUGCGGCGGCAGCAACAGUCCGUGCACCCACUCGGCGAACAACGGUUGCGCCACGGAGACCUGCUUCGUCCAAGUGCGGAAAAAAGAGCCACCACAUCCGAUUCGAGUGGCCAAGACGAUCGAUGUCAUCGCUAGAAUUACAUUUCCAACAGCUUAUGCCAUUUUCCUGAUAUUCUUCUUUGUACACUAUAAAGGAUUUUCGUAAAACUAAGCAUAAAAAAACACUGAAAAACGAUAAUGCAUAAACAUACGUAUUUAGAUACUUGAACACGCUAAAUUGCCGAAGCAAUGCCGGAAAAGCCGACUCGAAUGCAUUAUUCGCAAAGUAAUUUGUAGAGAGACAUGCGAACUGUCAUGAACACACUCGUUUGCUACGUUCUAGGGCCUUGCAAAGUCAUCUAAUUUUAAUGUAACAAAGGGAAACACAAAGUACAUCUAAUUAUUAAUUAACGAUUAUUUAAAUGGCAACAACAUGACAAAAACAAGUGAUAAAAACGUCAAAAUGAAUAAAUUAGUUUAAACUGAGUUGUUAACGGGGAAAACAAAAACCAAAACAUAACGAAUGAGUUGUUAAUAAUUAAUAUUUACGAAAGUUAAAUUUACGCAAAAUGAGCAAAACAUACGAAAGAAACAUUUUCGACUGCCUUUUUUAAAAAUAGUAGAAACAAACAAACAAAAAAAAAAA